AUGGUGAAUUCAGAGGCUGAGAGAUUUAUAGCUGCGCUUUCCAUGCUUAAACUUGGGUCAUCUGGAGAUGACACAGAGAGAUCGGCAAAAUUUUGGAACCCCGCACUAGUUGCGAUGAAAUUUUCGGUGGAGACUUUGUGGUUGAAUGCCGUAUGGGAGUGCAAGUCGAAGCCAAACUAUGAAAUGCGAGACCUUGAUCCCAUCUUAGAACAACAAGCUUCUAACAAGUUCGAGCUUACCGGGCCUCUAAUCGACUCGUAUCUUCGAGAAUUGGGGAAAUCCAUUUUUAGCAAGCUUGGCCGUUCCAGAAAUACUGGACUGAUGCCGCCCGUGAAAUUGUUUUUGCCGUACAAUAUAUUUCGGCAUUUGUGCAAUAUUGCUGUUGGGUAUGGCGGGUCGUUGAAGAACACCAAGACUCAAAUGUUGGUGACUGUUGACCGAUUCGAGAUGGCGUCAAAGAUGUUCUCACCGGUUAGAUUUGGUGGGAAUAAUUUUUUAAAGAAAAGGCACUUCACCAAAGUCAAGGAAAAUGGGCGCACACUGCUACGGUAUUCUGGAAGGGCAGCCAUAGUUGUGGGAAAGUCAACACCACUGAUUUUUGACUACAAUGUCAAGCAAGAAAAACUGACACUUACAUUUUAUGUUCAGCGAUACGACAGGGAGGAUUUUUCUUUGGACUUAAGACUUCAAGCUGUCAUUAACCAGGGAGAUUAA